AUUUCCUUGUGGGGCAAACGGCAAUAAUUUCAUCGGAAAAAGACCCGGCCUGAAAAAAUUCUCCACAUAUAUUGAGCUAUGCUGCAGCCUGGUAGCUCGGACACAAAUAAUCUCUUCUCCAAGAAGGCAUAAGGUCCCUUGGUACCCAUUGAUAGGCGUCCCCAAUACACCAGACCCGUAAAUAUGACGGAACAGCAGUAACAAGAGAGGACACAGCACAAAAAAGCAGAGGCAAGAGAAGAAAGAAAGAGAGGAGAUGGGUCUGUUGGUCUUCCUCCAUGUCUUUCUUCUCUCUGUAAUGGCUGCAGCUCCAUGGGCUGACGCCUGGGGCAAGGAUGGCCAUUUCAUGGUCUGUAAAAUAGCAGAGAAAUAUUUCACAGAGAAAACUUCGAAGGCAGUAUUGGAUCUUCUUCCAAAGUCGGCGGAAGGGGACCUGGCGUCGGUGUGCGCAUGGGCCGACGAGAUCCGGUUCCAUUAUCGGUGGUCGAGCCCUCUCCACUACGUCGAUACCCCUAAUUGCACUUACAAGUACUCGAGGGAUUGUUUCAAUGACAGAGGUGAGGAAGGUAUGUGUGUGGUUGGAGCAGUCAACAAUUACACUGAACAACUCCGAAGCUAUGGGGACUCUUCAAAUAGAUAUAAUCUGACAGAAAGCUUGAUGUUUCUCGCACAUUUUGUGGGAGAUGUACAUCAACCUCUACACGUAGGAUUGAAGGCUGAUGAAGGUGGUAAUACCAUAAUCGUCCAUUGGUAUAGAAGGAAGACCAACCUUCAUCAUGUAUGGGAUACGAACAUUAUAGAUACUGCAAUGAGUGAUUUUUAUGAUGAUAACAUCGAUUCCAUGUUAGAAGCCAUCCAGAGGAAUAUCACGAAUGGAUGGUCUGAUGAAGUCGACCACUGGGAGAGUUGUCGUAAUAAAUAUAAGACUUGUGCCAAUGAUUAUGCCAUAGAGAGCAAUCACUUUGCCUGUCGUUAUGCAUAUAAGGAUGUUGAACAGGAUUCAACAUUAGAAGAUGAUUAUUUCUUUUCCCGAUUACCAAUUGUGGUGGAGAGGAUUGCCCAAGCUGGUGUCAGAUUAGCUUUGAUUCUCAACCGAAUUUUUGAUGGGAGUGUUGAUGAUAUGAUACAAAGCCACUAGAAGCCCCGAGCUGUUUGAUGGAGCAUAUUAGAAACUACAAUUGUAAUAACUCAUAAUUCUUGUUGAACAAGCAUAAGCUGCCUGCUAAAUUCUUGUAUGUGUGGAUCUAACAUGGAUUUAAAUCUUCUAUCAUAGUACCAGAGAAUAAUGUACUUACCAAAUCUCAUUUUUAUAGGUAGAAUCAUUUUCCGGUCA